UUUCGUUUUCUAUGGUAUUUAUAACGUUAACGUUAGACUAAAACCGAUAUACAGAUCAAUCAGUUCAAACGAGAUGUCUUCGUAGGAGCAUUUCUUUACUGUGUUUUUCAUCAAAACGACUCCGAAUGUCUUCUCGAAGUCAGACAAAGCUCCAAACUGUAAAGAAAGCCCUGGACCACUGUGAUGGAUCAGUGAAAGAGGCCACGGAUUUGUAUACCACUUUGAAUGAUUGUGCCCAAAAAUUGGAUGAAACAGUAAAAGAAAAGCUGUUGAGUAAAACGAAAAAUACAACCUCAAUCUACCGACUGGCAAGGGAAGAUCAAAAGCUUGGAGGGGCCCUUUUUGAAGCUUUAAAGAAGUUAGAGGAUAGUAAAAAAUUUAAUCUGUCUGAUGUCUGGCCAAAAUACCAUUACCUAAUUGAAGUUUUGAAGCAUGAACAAUCAUCCAGAGAUAAAUUUGAAAAAGAGAAAGGUGUAGGUAUGGAACUAGAAGAGAGACAAAUCCUAUUAAGCCCUAGUAUUAUAAAAAUAUUAGGUGAAACACAAAAACUUAAAUCACUGGGAGUUGACUCUAAAAAGCUGGAAAAGGCCAAAGAGCAGUAUGAUGGUAUCAGCCAUCAACUGAACAGUAGUCCUGAGUUACAUUCCUUGAAAGAAAAGCAAAAGAAAACCAUAAUUGAACCUCAACACAUUAAUGCAUCACAUCGCAAAAUAGCACCAGAUCUUUCUGAAGUUCUUGAGCUGGCAUGGGGACGCCAAGUUGAUUUUUCACAGGAAGCAAUAAAAGAAUUAUUUUUCAUGUUGGAGACAUAUCUUCAUGUCAAAGAGAAAAGUCGUUCUACAUCAACUGGUGUCGUGAGUAGUGGGGACUUACAUUCAUCAUCAACAAGUACAUCACAGUCAUUAUGUCUCUCAACAGAAAAUAUCCAUAUAGUUCUAAACCAAUCUCCUACAAAGUACAAGAAGGACCUCAUAGAAAAAGCUGUUAAAGAAUUGGAACAACUUGAGACUUAUGUUAGAAAGUUUUCCAACAGGGAAGAAAAGGUUUUCAUUUCCCAAAAACAAAAAAGAGAAUGGUAUGAACAGUGCUUACAUGCAACUAAAGACCUGCUGGAAUCUGCACCAUGUUCAAAAAGACCAUUAUGCCGUCUGCUUCAGACUGCAAGAGAUGAUGGAACUCCCAACAGUAACAGAGCACUAAAUGAAUAUUGCUCCCUCCUGCGCCUAGAAAUGUUAUUUAAUGGAAUGGAAAAUCCAAAGGGUGAGAGUCAGCCAAGGAGGGACACUGCAACUCCAAUUGUCCAUGUCCCAUCAGUGCAAAUGAGUAUGAAAGACAUAAUUCACAGCAUGGAAAAAUAUUUUCCCCAUGAUUUAUUAAAGGAAGCUCUGGAAGACUUCAGGAAGCUACAAGACAUUGAGGAAAAGAUUGCCUAUGAUGAAAAUUUGAGGUCAAGAAAAGUUGCAUGGAAAGAGAGAUCGCGUGGAGGAAGUAAAACAUACGUCGAUGAUAAAACACCAAGCAGGCCUCUUCAUGCAGUUCUUCUUCGUGCUCAGAAAGAAGGAAUUAAUGGAAGUGAAUCGGCCCUGAUGGAAUAUGGUUCCAUGCUCCAUUCAGAGGUGCUUUAUGAAAGCAAAGAUAACUUUACACAGAUUUCAGCAGAGUCUCUGGAAGUGAAUGAAACAAUGAAUUCCCAAUCCAAGCACAAAAGUGUAGUUAAUGUUGGAAUGGAAUCGUGCUCAGUCCCCACAAUUAAUGAGAGGAAAGAAGAGGAGCUGCGCCGCAAGAGAGAGAGAAAAGUAGAGGCAAAAUCAGGUAGUGAAGAAAAACCAGGUGUUCGGGCAGAAUUAGGAAUUGAUCCAAAAUCAGGUGGUGAUGUAAAAGGGAUGCAAGGCAGGGCAGGGUCCCAUUACAACAAGGAACAAGACUAUGAUCUAAGGAGACGUGAUUUUGAUGAAAGUAAAGAAUUUGCUCUACAGCAGGAAAUAGACAAGCUCCAGGAUCAACUGAGAAUCAAGAACUCAGAAAUAGAGGACCUGACAACUAGAUUGAGUCAAGCUGCAAGUAGAAGUCUAAUGCAUAACAAUCCCAAUAUAGCUGAUCUGAGUGACAAGAAUCGUCCAACAAAAAUAGGGGAACGUUUUGAACAACUUUUUGACAAUGAGUGGUCAGAUGCCCAUGAAAUCUUAAAGUCAACAAUUUCAGAAAGGGAAAUUUAUAUUAUUCUAAUAGAAGUUGUCAAGGAUGUGUACAAGUUUUGUAAAAAUGCCCUACAACAACAGAUUUUGAAUAUUAAAGAAAAGCUAGAGAAACAAAUCAGGGAACCCAAAUUUGAAGAGGACAAAAAGGAAUUUGUUGCUGCUGCUCCUGGGGAAAAGGAUGACAUGUUGAGUUGGAUGUGUGAAAAAAGUGCAUCUGAGUUUCAGAAAGGAAAUGCCAUCCAUUCAGUUUUAGGAUUAUCAAAGAUCUACAAGGAAUAUUGUAAGCACAGAGCUUUCCUCCGAAAGGAACUCAGAUCUUCAAAACUUGAAAAAAUCUACCCUUUUAUCGAUGCAACUGUUGAACUUUGUUGGCUGAUGUGCGCCCAGACUCCACCAAUGCAGUUAGUCUUUGCAGAAAAUAAAAGUACCGUCAAUAAAUCAUACUUCCGGUGUACUGGGCACACCGGUAACAAAGUCGACGUAUGUGCCUGGCCGGCAGUUAUACUUCACGACGGGGGACCUGUCGUCACGAGGGGACACGUUUUACCGUCGUAAAAAAAAAUUGUUGAUAUUAACUUUUUUUGAGAGAGAAAUGGAGUGUUUACUUUUCAAAAAUCUUCAUUAUUUUCAUAGCAGUUCAACUAUAAUGUCACACUCAUGAAAGACAGAAAUAACUCAUACUAUAUUCCAAAUAUACACUUCUAUUUAAAUUGUCAAGUUGAAUUUCAUGUUUGCCGUAAUUCGAACUUAGAUGCUUUUAAAAUUACGGAUGUAGAUACGGAUAUUUAAACUUUACAUUGAAUCAAUCUUAAAGUGUGUCCUAUUUUUUACAUUCUUUUUAUGGCGGGUUUCCAUUGCCUAUGAACUUUCAUCAUGUAGAGUCGGCAGAGCUGUCUUGAUGUACUAUUUGAUGCAUUUCUAAUAUGGGAUAAAGAUGCCCAAACACAAUCACACAGCGGGCACGAAGCAUCGUUUUUGAAAGGGGGAAGACUCGACCAAAAAAUCUUGACAAGCAAAACAAAAAAACAAAAACAAAAAAAAGGAAAAUAGGCCUCUUUCAUAAGUCUGAAAAUCCUAAUCCGGGGGGAGGGGGGGGGGAUAUCCCAAUUUCACAAUUUAUCUUCAAUUUCACUGCUUUCUUCCUUAUUUUCAAUUCAAUUUUUUAAUGGCCCCAUAAAAGGGCGGGGGGGGGGGGGGGUUGGCAUCUCCAUGUAAAUUGAUUUUUUAUCUGUAAAUUUCAGAUGCUACGUGCCUGCACAGAUAUGAUAAACCCUUUUAGGAAGCCAUUGUCUUUGCCAUUUAUACUUGUAUAACAUUGAUGUCUAUUUAUUUCUUAUUUGGUCUACAGUAUAUAUAAGUAACUUUACAGGACAAUCUGUAAAUUUUCAUGUGCUAUGAGUAGUUUCUUCGAUCUUCUUUCUUACCGUCCAUAUAAAAGUGUAAGACUACUUUGGUCAACAAAAGUUGUUUUAUUAUCAUUUUGGAUUGCUGUAGACAUGGUGAUGAAAUUAUUACGUAUUGGUUUCUGCCUGUACUAUUUACUCUGUAGACAAUCGUAGCUGGCCUAAGUGUCAUUUGAUCUGGUCUCUAAGACUCCGUUAUAAUAUGUAGGUAACAUUGUAUUAUAUGCAUUGAUUUUUCAUUGUACAAAAUGAAAAACAAUUUAAAUUUCCUUUCUAACUAAUCUAUGUAUUUUCAUAUCACUACUUCUAUUACCAAUUAACUUACGUAAAAGUAGAUAUAAUUUAAAUGAUAUAUCUUGGACAAAUAGACUUAAACAUUCAAAGCCUUUGUAUGUAUUGGUUGUUAAUUGUAGAUGGUAGACAGAUGGACACACUGAGUUGUUAAUUAAUUGUAGAUGACAUAAAAUAUUAGAAAAAUAUUGGAAAAAUGUACGCGUAAACAUGUUGUUGCCUGUAAAUAUAAUUACCAUCUAGACAUUUUACAUAGCGUUCUGUAGAUUCAAAUUUCAUUUCAAAUGACAUUUGUAAGUAGAGCAAAGAUACUGUAGCAGUUCAUUUAUGUAUAUAUUUAUUUCAUUUUUUUUUAUUUAGAAGAGAUAUCUGGUAUUUCAAACCUAGAACCAAACCUGUGUGUGUAUGGGUGUACAAAACAAAAGACACAGUUGUUUGACAGUAUAUUGGGUGAUGAAUUAAUGUUUACCAAAGCCUGCCGAGCACGACCAUGUAUCGUGUUUACGUUUAGUGCUCCUUAAUUAUGAAACUGUCUGACAUCUUUAGUCUGACUUCAGUCCUUAAAUUUGCACUUUUAUAAAAAAUCUUACGAUUGCUCUUGUAAGGGUUCGAUGGUCUUGGCCAUUUUUGGACUGUAUUGUCCCUCUUAGAAGAAUUCUGUGUAAAAAUAUAGAAAAAAUACCCAAAUUCAAAAGAUUAAAUAUGUGAAUUUUUUCUUUUCUUAACAAAAGUGUAUAGCUUAACAAUCCAUAUCCAAAAAUUUUAAGUAGAUGUGAUAAUUAAUAUGUGGACCAGCCAGCCUCCUUAAAGAGGGUUACAGAAAAAAAAUAUUAGCUUUUAAGAUUGCUACAUGUAUCAGGCAGACUUAAUGAUGAAGAUUCUUACAAAGUAAGUUUAAAAUGACAACACUCUAAGUUUUCGCUAAAAUUUCUUAGUAAUCUUAGCUAAGUUUAGAUCUUAUGAUUAAGUCUGGGAUUACAGACUUAAGAUGGUUUCAUGAUCACGGAGCCAGACUCAUUAUAGCACAACAUCACUAACGUCAUUCAUUAGUUAUUUUUAUAGGCCUGUCUAUUAGGUAGUUUCCUCUAUUUCUGAAAAAACCCCUGAUGUAAUUCAUAUAAAAACUGACAAAACUGAAAUCUGUGCGAUCCAGAGAAUUGACCCGCCUCUGUGUCUCUGUAUGAAUAUAGGCAUAAUCAUUCCUUAACUUUAAAAGACUGUUUUACUUUAAAAUGUUUCGUGCUCAUUGAAUGUCAAACUGUAAAUUCAAGUAGUCUUAAUAAAUAAUGUUUACAAUAUUCAA